UCUGUGUCCUCCAACCAUGGAUACAACUUUUUAGGUGGGCUUUUGGAGGGCACCAUCAGAAAAUACUGUAUCAUAAGGGGGUCCAGAGUCUCGUCUGGAAUAGGAGGAAGAUUAGUUUGAAGAAGUGGAAACAUCACUUACUCAAAAAGGACUAUCUUGAAGAAAUCUUUUUUUUUUUUUUUUCAUUUUUUCCAAGAAUACAUCAAUCAGUUUGGAUUAUUGUGUAGCAUUAUCAAAACAUUUGCUGCACAUUGGAUUUUAAAACCCUGGCAUUAUCAUUUGAACUGGCCAGCGUCCUUCACCAUCUAAGAGUCUACCUGCUUAUCCUAUCUGCCUGGAACAACUUAUGAGCUCAAGCUGUUAAUAACUGCAUAGACCUUAUCAGUGCUUCAUGCAUCAGUGCUAACGGGUCAUACUACUGACCCCUCUGUUCUUGCUUUGACAUCAUUUUCCUUUUCACAUUUUGGUUUUGACUUGUGUAUGACUUAAGCGACCAUGUUGUUGAAAAUGAAAUUCAGUCAGCAGAGGCGGGUGCGCAUGGCUCAGAGCUUGUGGCUGCUGUCAUGGCUUGCAGUGAUGUGUGGGGCCUUCAUCUUUUGCCUCGGGGUUUACCUCAAAAUUGAGCUGCUCCGCAGGGCUGAGGUGAUGGAGAACACAGAGAUCCAUGUGGUCCCUAACAUCCUCCUGAUAGUGGGCUUGGCGUCCAUUGGCACAAACUGGGUAGCUAGUCGUGUAUGCCAGGACUCGCUGGACGCAAGCCGCUUUCCUCGCUGGAAAGUGUUGCUGCUGGCCUGGUUUGCUGUGGCUGCACUGCUCUGUUGUCUGCUUGUUACUGUUGUAGUACUCAGCUAUGCCCUGCAGGGGCGGCUGGAGGAGUCUCUUAAGAUUGGCCUGAGGAAUGGUAUUCGCUUCUACAAGGACACUGACGUGCCUGGACGAUGUUUUCAGAAAGAAACCAUUGAUCAUCUGCAGAUGGAGUUCCGUUGCUGUGGAAACAGCAACUAUAAAGACUGGUUUGAAGUUCAGUGGGUCAGCAACAGAUACCUGGACUUUACCUCAAAGGACGUCAAAGAUCGAAUCCGCAGUAAUGUCGAUGGGCGAUAUCUACUGGAUGGUGUUCCCUUUAGCUGCUGUAACCCCGCCUCUCCAAGACCCUGUCUGCAAAACCAGCUGACUGACAACCACGCCCACUACAACUACGAGUACCAGACUGAGGAGCUGAACCUGUAUAGCCGUGGCUGUAGGCAGGCACUCACAGAUUAUUACAUGAGUCUCAUGAAUUCAACAGGCCCCGGAGUGCUCUCAGUCAUCUUGAUACAGGUAUCAGUCAUUGUGAGUCUGCGUUACCUUCAAACUGCGGUGGAAGGCGCCAUGGCCUUGGAGAACCCAGAAGAAGAAAGUGUGGGUUAUCUGCUUGAAAAGGACCUAAAACAAACCUAUGAAGACCUCAAAUCCAAGGCUCUGGACAUGCUGAAGUUUGCACAAGUCGAUCCCGCCACAACUGAAGCAUCUCCUGAUGCAGAGGAAGAGAAGGCAGAGAAGGCAGCUUCCCCGACCCCUGCAAGCUAGAGAAAUCAAAAACACACUUACACAUGUAAUAGAGCUGGGAUUUGUCUGAGGCUUGUUGGCUCUGUAAGUUGGCUGACGAAGAAACCUGUUCAGCUCCACAUGUUAUAGGCUCAUUUACACACUGCCAAUACAGCAGCUGCAGCAUUUAUGCAGGGCCAACAAAGAUAGUACUUAGGAAAUCAGACACUGACUACACAGGCACCAAGUAUCCCCACUGUGUAAUACAUGAUGAGUAAAUGUCCCUGAAUGUAAUAUAGCGCUGACCGUCAAUACAGGAGAAAUGAAUAGAUUUACUUUAAUGUAAGAUUGGAUAGAUGAUAAAGUUUAGACUUUUGACACUGACACUGUAAAACAUGCAUAUUGUGCUGAAAAUGUUUAUAUAAUUGUAUAAUUCCUGUGACAUCUGUAGUGUCGUGUGAAAUGCAUAGAAAUGUGUUAAAAUGCAGAAACUAUUUAUCAUUCAAAACCAA